AACGCGCUCUCUCCCCCGAACACCCUUCUUUCCCAAUUCUCCUCCGCAGCUUCAGCACUCAGAAUUUGGAGAGAGAAAAUGGUGCAGCGCCUCACUUAUCGCAAGCGCCAUAGCUAUGCCACCAAGUCCAACCAGCACCGGGUUGUCAAGACCCCUGGUGGGAAGCUAGUGUAUCAAACUACAAAGAAGAGAGCUAGUGGACCCAAGUGCCCUGUGACUGGAAAGAGAAUCCAAGGGAUUCCACACUUGAGGCCUGCUGAAUACAAGAGGUCUAGAUUAUCCAGGAACAGGAGAACUGUGAACCGUCCUUAUGGUGGAGUAUUAUCAGGCGGUGCUGUGCGGGAAAGGAUUAUCAGAGCAUUCUUGGUGGAAGAGCAAAAGAUUGUGAAGAAGGUGCUGAAGAUUCAGAAAGCCAAGGAAAAGCAAGCUGGCAAGAGCUGAAGAUAUAGCCUGAGUCAGGUGUAGUUUUGGAUACAGUGCUAAAAUGAAUCAUGAAAAAUGUAUUCUGAGGUUUUUGGACUUGAUAUUGUAUUUUGCUUGCCCUUUAUUGAAACAUGACUGUUUUCCUUGAGUUUGUUGAAAAAUCAAUUAUCUUUGUAUCUUGUUUUCUUCUAUUCACACUAGCCUAGUGUAACUUUUCCAAGUUUUAAAUUUCAGCAAGAGCAGUUUGAUUA